CUACAGGUAGAUGAGCAGGUGUGUGUGUGGACACAGGUACUAGGGCCACUGUUAGUUCAAUAUUCAUCUCAACUAACAGGAUUCACUGAUUUGAGAGGGAGAGGUCGGCCAACUGCGCCGUGACAACAAACACGGGUUGACUGGAGGAUGGCCAACUUCAAGGGACAUGCCCUUCCUGGCAGCUGCUUUCUGCUGUUAGGCCUGUGUUGGUCAGUGAUGUACCCUCUCCGACACUGCUGGAGGAGGCAUCAGCCUAAAGCAAGACAAAAACUGCCCCUGUUCUUUAACAGAAUAGACUUAAUCGAGGGGGCACUCAUGGUUUUCUUUGCCUUUGUGGGCAUCAUGGCAGAGCAGUUUGUGCCUGAUGGGCCCCAUGCCCACCUGUACAACAGAGAGACCCAGUCCUGGGUGAAGCUGAUGAACUGGCAGCACAGCACUAUGUACCUCUUCUUCAGUAUCGCUGGAGUUGUUAAAGUCCUCACUAUGUCAUCGCUUCCAGUCCCACUUGGUCUUGACCGCCUUGCUCUCUCCCUGGCUUUUUUUAUUGAAGGGCUCCUGUUUUACUUCCAUGUGCACAUGCGCCCUCCUCUGGAUACCCACAUCCACUCCAUGCUGUUUGUGCCGGUGUUUGGUGGGGCGGCCAUCACCCUGUUGGAGGUGUUCAUGCGAGAUAACAUCGUACUGGAACUGCUCAGGACCAGCAUGACCAUCCUGCAAGGCUCCUGGUUCUUUCAGAUUGGAUUCGUGCUGUACCCAUUAAAUGGAAUACAGUGGGAUCUGCAGGCACACGAUAACACCAUGUUCAUCACCAUGUGCUUCUGCUGGCAUCUGGCUCUGGCCCUGCUAAUCGUUGGCAUCAACUACUGGAUGGGCUGGUGCUGUGUACAACGAUGUUCAGGAAGAGGAAGUGACAUAGAGAUCAUGAUGAGAAAGACAUCUAGCUCCAAAAAGGCUCUGCUAGAGGAGUCAGACGAAGAGUAGACAGACGCAUCAUCAAAUCAAAUCAAAUGUAUUUAUAUAGCCCUUCGUACAUCAGCUGAGAUCUCAAAGUGCUGUACAGAAAACCAGCCUAAAUCCCCAAACAGCAAGCAAUGCAGGUGUAGAAGCACGGAAGUGUGUCCAGUAGUAGAUCACUGUUACGGGAUUCUCCACAAUUGUUUGUCUGAAAUUUGAUUAACUGGUUUUAACUGGUUUCAAAUCAAAUCAAAGUUGUAUUAGUCACAUGCGCCAAAUACAACAGUAGACCUUACAGUGAAAUGCUUACUUACGAACCCCAAGAAUGCAGCUUAAAGGGGGAAAAAAAGAAAAUACAAAUAAGAUGUAAAAAAAGAGAAUCAAUAAAACAAUAGCGAGACUUUAUACAGGGGCGUACCAGUACAGAGUCAGUGGGGGGGCACCGGUUAGUCGAGGUUUGUAACCCUGCUACUGCGUAUUUUGAGUGUCAUUUUAUCAAUGAAAUAACGACAUGCCUUGUCGAGUUAAGAUUCAAGCCAAAUUCAUUUGAAAUAAAAUGCUUUACUGAGCCCGGACAAAUGUAAUGUAAUUCAAAGUAUAAAAGCUAAUAACUGAUUUUCAAAACUGAGCAGGUUGCAAUGAGACCAAGGAAAAUAGGUGAGAUGUAAAAGUAUUCCCUGGAGGUGAGAGUAUUUCAACAUUUCUUGUGACACAUUAACACCUGUUGUGUAUUCAUUAGGUUGUGCAAUGGAAAACCAAACAGAACGAAACAGGGAUAGGACCUACCUGAAUUUGUCCAAUAAAGAAAUAUUAUUUCUGUUGCCAUACGUACUCAGUUUGGAGAAAAUGGUUUCUGUUGAGAAACCAAAUAUUUUGAAAAUGGAAUCUGACUAAUGAAUACACCCGACAUCGACAAUGUUACCUGCUGGGGCUUCCUCUCCUUUUAAGCCAGUUGAAACAUUUGCAUACUCGUCCUGCCUAUGGCUAUACAGAACGGAGACCUACAGUCCUGUAGGUUUUCGCACCAGUCCAAGUUGUAACUAGCCUAAUUCAGUUGGUCAACCAGCUAAAUAUUAAAAUCAGGUGCGCUAAGUUAGGGUUGGAGAAUUUAACAGGCCAAUAGCUCUACAGGAACAAGGUUGGAGAGCCCUGCUAUAGAGCAACAUGCUUCUUUCCCUCCGGAAAACAGAAUGCCUAAUGAUUGUCAGAGAUAAUAUAUUUCCAAUAAAUAUUUUUUUUCAUUCA